UAUCACUUACGUCUGGUUUUCUAAGAAGCUGAAGUUUGAGAGCUUUAGGAACUUCAGAAGUGUCUCUCACGUCAGCUUGCCAUGGAGGUCCAGGAUAACUGCCACUUUUCCCCAUCUCAGCUUUUUUACCACAGCUCAUGCAUGCCUUCACCUGAAGGUUCUGAAUUCAUUGACAACUUUGAACAGAGGUUUGCCGCUUUGGCUGAUUUGCAGGGCUCGGAUGAAGAUGAGCAUGUGCGGGCUCCCAGUGGUCAUCACCAAGCUGGCCACUGUCUCAUGUGGGCUUGUAAAGCUUGCAAGAGGAAAUCGAGUACGGUGGACCGUAGGAAGGCAGCCACUAUGAGAGAAAGGAGAAGGCUCAAGAAAGUCAAUCAAGCUUUUGAAACCCUCAGGCGGUGCACGUCAGUCAACCCCAACCAAAGGCUUCCUAAAGUGGAGAUUCUUCGCAACGCCAUCCAGUACAUCGAGGGCCUGCAGGAUCUCCUGAGAGAGCAAGUGGAGAAUUAUUACAGCCUGCCGGGCCAGAGCAGCUCUGAACCAGGGAGCCCCACUUCCAACUGUUCGGAUGGAAUGAUGGAGUGCAACAGCCCGGACUGGCGUUUGAGGAGCAACAGUUAUGGCAGUUCUUACACUUCACAGAUGCAGAAUGAAUGUCUCAGUGAGAGAGGCCCCGCCGCGUCCAGUCUGCAAUGCCUGUCAAGUAUAGUGGAGCGUCUGUCCUCGUCGAACGCCGGGGUACUGGCCGGUAGAGACGUCAGCACUCUGUCACUGACCUGCACUGACUCCCAGCCCAGCACCCCGGGGGCAUCCCCCUCAAGGCCAGUGUACCACGUGCUGUGAGGCAGAAACAGAA